ACGACUUUGGCCUACGUUAGUGAGCUCUACGCUGUGGCUCUUCCUGCAUUCCGUCGCUUCAAUUGCAUCUAAAGGGGAGGGGGUUGGUCGGCAUGGUUCCGCGGCGAAGAAGGGCCUUCACGGCAGCCCUGACACUCGUGUCAUGUUCCUGCCCGACCCUCGCGUUUCUGCCUUCAACACCGCACACAGCAGCAGCAGCAGCAGCAGCAGCAACUGCCCGCCGUGCUGGUAACAUAGCAACAGCAGCCGACCAAGUUGCACGAAGCGAACCGCGGCAGUGCCAGUCCCGAACACGUGCCCUGGCACGGCAGUGCCAAACGCGAACACAUGCCCUAGCACGCGGAGAUCUGGAAGAGGGGAAACGCUACAAUGAUCGAACCGGGAGGAGGAGCACGGCGACGACGGGGGGGGUGCCCAUGAUGAUGGCAGCGGAUGAGAGCAGCAGCAGCAGCAGCAGCGGUCCUGCAGCAGAAGCAACGGCAGAUGCACCAGUGGUCGCCACCAGCAGCAGUGGGGCCUCGACGCCCGUCGCUGCUCCCCGAAAAGACGACGACGACGACGAGCUCCCCCUAACUCUCGACAAGGCCCUGGAGGAAGGGGUCAACCGGGCCAUGCGCGGCGACCCGGGCGUCCUUCGGCAGGUCCUAGCCCCCGGCGUGGAGUGGCGGGGGCCGCUGGGCAACAACGCGGGCCUCGCUAAGGUGGAGGAGGAGCUGAGGGGGCUGGGGAGCCUGCUCAGCGCCCCGAGGAUGUCGGUGUUCGCGUCGAAGGACGGGGCGAAGAGGCUGGAGUGGAUCGCCAGCGGGACGUGGCCGUUGCCGUGGCUGCCGAGGUUUAUCGUCAAGGGGGCGUCGAAGCUUCAGACUGGUCCCGAUGGCAAGGUGGUAAAGAUCACCGACACGUGGGAGGGUAACCCGGUGACCCUGGGCCUGAAGCACCUCGUGCCGGGGUUCUGGGACAUCUGGCACCAGCUGGGCUCUCCCCCCGCGGAGAAACCUCCUUACAGGGUGGUGAAGCGGGCGCUGGGGUACGUGAUCAGGGAGUACGCGCCGCGCUUGGCGACGCAGCCGUCGCUCAUCGACUACUCCAACUCACGAGAGAUCCGGAAGGCGCUGAUCUUGCCCGGCUUCUGCCACGACGGAGAGAUCAAGACGUCUGGCCGUAAGCCGGACGAGUACUACGUCACGGGGCCCCUGGAGGUGGCGAUCCAGCCCUUCAUCGCGACGGGAAACUUCCCGAACGGGACCUGGUUCAACGGGACGAGAAGGGAGGCGUCGCAGAGCCGUCGGGCAAACCGCAUCACAUGGACGGUGCCGAUACCGACCGCGAUGGGCCUGGACCCGACCAAGCUCCCGGAACCUCCUUCGGAGCGCGAGAGGGGGGAGGACCAGAGGUCGAGGCACGUCCGACAGGGGGCCCGCAGAAUCGCCGUGACCAAUUUUAACGGCAUUCCGCAGGACCCCGAGGCGGCGGAAGUGAGAGCGAAGCUCCUCAAGAGGUUAGCGGCGGACGGGGUGGAGCCCUCGAAGGGUGCCGACGGGCGCGUGCGAAGCGGGAUCUUGAUGCACAACUCGGUGGCGUGCUUCACGAAGGCGGGCAAGCUGGCGAUGAGCAUCUUGUAUCACCGGCCCAAGUACAUCGGGAUAGGGAACGAGGUUUUCGUGGAGUUGGACCCGGAGGAGGCGGUCACCGAGGAGGUGGUCGAGGGGAAAGUGGGAGGGGGGACGUGGUGACGACGACGACCCUGUAGCCUUGGCGAGAGGAUGUUAAGCUUGGUUUUUUGUGGGUUGGGAAUAGGGGUUAGAGGUACGAACCUCCCCUCUCUAUUUCGGAGGUCUAGGGGUUGGGGAUGUACGAACCACCCCCCCCCUCACUCUCCCGGAGAUUCAGGGGUUGGGGAUGUACGAACCCCUCCCCCCCUCACUGUUGCGGAGAUUUAGGGGUUUGGUUUAGGAAACCUUCUCUCUACUUCGUAGAUUCAGGGGUAGGGGAUGUACAACCCCCCCUCUCUAUUUCGUAGAUUAACAAUAAAAUUCUCGCGAAGGCCGUCACGACGAUACUACCCCCCCCUACAGAAGAGGGGAGGGAGCCUACAAAAGUGUGCUUGGAGAGUUGACGGCAUGCCCCAACAAGAGGCGCUCCGACGCGGUGUGUGGAGCAGGUGACGAGGAAGAUUGCGAUUGAAGCCAAGAGGAACACACAUGGGGGAGAUCCGCAAAGGGGGGGUAGUACCAGCAUAGCAUGUGCAGCAGACAGGUUCGGGUAUUUCCCGUCGAAACAUAGCUGUUUUCUUGGCACGUCCAGCACCGAUAGCAGAGCAUUUCUAGUAGGUCAAACGGGCUUUUUAGAGAUCUUUCUGCGAUAGAAGAAUGAUUUUCUACUGUAGUCCGUGCAACCCACCUGUGUCGAGAGUGGUGCCCUCGGUAUGGAUUCAGCUCGAUCUCUUCUGGGUAUCUCCGUGCGCGCGGCGUGCUGCAGUAUCGUACAAAUCAUUCCACAAGUGCUUGACAUUUUCUUACGCGGGUGAACGGGGGCGGUGCUGCCAUUACUUUAAAACGCGAUAUGUCCGAAGUCGAAAAAGAAAAGUUGUGGCGCCA